CUUAGAAAUACGUUACCAAUGUACGUGUCACAAGGCUAAUAUUAGCUUAAUUCACGAACGUCGUACUAGCUACGUAUCAUUCCUGUGUUGAUAUCCGAGUGAUCUAUCCACUUCAUGUAAUCAGCGCUCAUUAACGCUCCGUAAUCGAGGACAGUUAAAUACAGGAACACAUUGGAGGAAAGGUGAACUUCUCUGUUGAUUAUCAGGAGAGAAACAGACCUUGUCAAGUGGGAUUAAAAUAAUAAAAACACGACGUACUCGAAUUGAGUUAACGUUCAUUUCCAUUAGCCUGCAGCAACUCAUGUAAAAUCCAAGAUUGUUGCCCAGUGCUGCCUGUGGUGGCCGGAAGCCAUAUUACAACAACACUGAUGCGGAGCAUAGACGUGCAAUAAAGAGCCACCAAAGGCAGCAAUGAUGGCCUAAUUUAAACAUGAAUAUUUGCGUGCUGUUUAAGUGCUGUAAAUGUCAAAGAAGAAAGGACUAAGUUUGGAGGAGAAGAGAACUCGCAUGAUGGAGAUUUUCUUUGAAACGAAAGAUGUGUUUCAGCUGAAAGACAUUGAGAAGAUCGCCCCUAAGACAAAGGGCAUAACUCCCAUGACUGUGAAGGAAGUGCUGCAGAGCUUGGUGGAUGACAACAUGGUGGACUGUGAAAGAGUGGGUACAUCCAACUACUACUGGGCCUUUCCUAGCAAGGCCCUGCAUGCUCGCAAGCACAAACUGGAGGAGCUGCAAAAACAGAAUUCUCAAGCAAAGCAGCGCAAAGUGUCUCUACAGAAAGCAGUUGAAAAAGCGAAAGUAGGACGUCAAGAUACAAAGGAGAGAAGCUCUCUGCUGAAAGAGUUGAAGGCUCUGAGAGAAGAGCGAGCUCAGCUGCAGACCGAGUUGGAGAAGUACAAAGAAUGUGACCCAGAAGUCGUUGAGGAGAUGAGAAAGUCAAAUGCUGUAGCAAAAGAUGCUGUUUCCAGGUGGACAGACAAUAUUUUCUCCAUCAAGUCUUGGACAAAGAAGAAGUUUGCCUUUGAUGAUAGCCGCAUUAAUAAAGCCUUUGGGAUUCCUGAGGACUUUGACUAUAUGGACUGACUGCCAGAUUUUCUGCCAGAGUUCAUGGUCAUAAUAAGGGAACAAUAAGUGUUUAAACUUAAGUUUGGAGCCAGUAUAGCUGGUCUCAGCAGUUCUAGUUGAUGUUCUGUGUAAUGAAAAUAAAUGCACCAGGAUUCAUAUUUAUGGCCUUGGAAUAAGGACGGAUAUCAGUCAUGUUGCUGUGGCAGAUGGACUUCAUCAGCAGAUAUGUUGUUUUGGUGCAACCAGAGAAGAGAAGCACCAACCAGCCUGACUUUUCUGACACCUGUUUGCAUGAAAAUUGAGAACCCGAAGUUGAUGAUGGAAAGGAAUCAACACUUAACACAUCUGUGUAGCCAGUGAUCUAAUUUAUAUGGUUUAAACAGAUGGUUUGGAAUCAAAUGCUUGUGCACUUUUUUCUUACGUUUUCCCUGUUUUAUUUUUGCUUGGAGGGAAAAGGGAAAAACUCCUUGUUAGCAAGAUCCAGUCCUGAAUUAAAUUACAGAGGAUUUGUUUAAGAUAUGUCUACAAGUGCUGUAAAUAUUUAGAAUGCAUUUACUUUUUGCAGAACCUUUUUUUUCGUGUUGCUAAUAAAAUGUCCCUGUGAGUUUUAUGA